AUGCAAGUCCUCUUUCGGCCAGUUUGUCGAGGCCUCUUUUCAUGCGCCGCACAACCGAGCAAGCCGUUGAGAUGUCGGCAUUUACGCCAACAAACACACACACACACACACACCUACAUACACACAUACAGAGACAUACACCGGUACAGAACAGACCUGAAGGGCUGCAGUCCUGGUCUCUCGUCAGGAACGAUUUCUGCAAGCCGGAAAACAUGCUCUGACAUCGUCGGCGAAGCACUCCCUCGACUCAAUUGGCCUCGUCGACUCGGUCGGGUCCCCAGUUUCAUCAGCCUGCCAUUGACUAUAACUUCUACGCAGACCUAUCAUGGGCAUAGUUCGAGUCCCGUCGAGGGUAGCCAGGAGACGGGAUCAGGAGGAGGAGGAGGAAGAGGAAAAGAAGAGGAGGAGGAGGAGAAAGAAGAAGAGGAGGAGGAGAAAGAAGAAGAGGAGGAGGAAGAGAAAGAAGAAGAAGAGGAGGAAGAGGAGGAAAAAGAAAAAAGAAGAAAAGAAGAGGAGGAAGGAAAAGAAAAAGAAGAGGAGAAGAAGAAAGAAGAAGAGGAGGAUGAAGAGGAGGAAGAGGAAGAAAAAGAAAAUGAAGAGGAGGAGGAGAAAGAAGAAGAAGAGGAGAAAGAAGAAGAAGAGGAGGAGGAGAAGGAAGAGGAAGAAGAAGAGGAGAAGGAGAAAGAAAAUGAAGAGGAGGAGGAGGAGAAAGAAGAAAAAGAGGAGGAACAGGAGGAAAAAGAAAAAGAGGAGAAAGAAGAAGAGGAGAAGAAGGAGGAGGAAGAAGAGGAGGAGAAAGAAGAAGAAGAAGAGGAGGAGGAGGAGGAGGAGAAAGAAGAAGAGGACGACGAAGAGGAGGAGGAGAAAGAAUAA